GGCCAGUGGGUUUGAAGGAUAUACACUAAAGGAUACAUUUAAUAGAACUUAAAAAAAAAUAAAAAUAUUAACAACUGAAGCUGCUGACAUUUAAAUAAAAAAAAAGAGUUAUAUGAAAUGCGCAAAAUAUCGGUUUUAUGGCUUACAAUUAGCUUAUCCGUACUUUUUGUCAUCGAAUGUGCCGAAAUAUCAUAUGACACACUCCGCAACAAAAUCAUAGAUGCUGAACGCUCCGCUGCAGUUGGUGGCAAUAUUUGGCUAACAUCGGCGGAGGACAAGGCGAACAGCAUAUUAAUGAACGCCAAGCGAGCAGAGUUAGCUGAAGGCUUCAAGACACCCGAGAAAUUCCCACCGGCAAUGCAUUUCUUUCAAGGCAAACAGUAUUUACGUCAGAGCGAAGUAUUUCGCAUCAUACAAAAGUUACCCAAGGGGGCGCUGUUGCAUGGCCACAAUACCGGCAUGGUCAGUUCUCGUUGGAUUAUCAGCAAUUUAACUACCCUCUAUAAUCUGUAUACCUGCCGUGAUCUGAGUGGAUUGCUUAUAUUCACCUAUGAGCAGAGCAAGUGCCACAGUGAAGUGCAAAAUGUUUGUUUGGAACGCAUCAAUGCUGAGGAUCGGCGACUUUACGAGCGACAAUUGGAGAAACACAUUAAUAUGUACACGGUGCAUCCGGAAUCCAUGAUUACGGAUAAACGCAAAAUUUGGCAACGCUUCCAAAGUAUAUUUAAGAGUGUAGAGAAUUUUUACAAUUAUCAGCCGACAUUUUGCAACUAUCACAAACGAUUGCUGGAAGAAUUAUGUGAGGAUAAUAUAUUCUAUGCAGAACUGAGAACGCCACUGACACCGCUCUAUGGCGAUAACAAUCGCACAUUCAAUGCACUUGCAGUUGCCAGUGAAAUGGAGGCAAUCGUUGAGGGCUUCAAGGCGCGUCACCCCGAUUUUGUGGGACUCAAGGUAAUCUAUACAAAGCCCAACGAGGCAUCUGUGGAUGAAAUGGCACAACACUUAAUAACUUUUAAGCAACUGCAUGAUGCCAAGCCAAAUUUUAUUAUUGGCUUUGAUUUGCUUGGGCAGGAAGAUGCCGGCGAUCCGCUGCACAAAUUCGUCAAUGAAUUAACAGAUAUGCCAUCAACUGCCAACUUUUUCUUUCACGCGGGCGAGACUAAUUGGUUUGGCAAAACCGAUUGGAAUCUCAUAGACGCACUACUGCUCAACACUAAACGCAUUGGCCAUGGUUAUGCACUGCCAAAGCACCCAAACAUUUGGUCAACCGUCAAGAAACGUAACAUUGCCAUCGAAGUUAGUCCGAUUUCGAAUCAGGUAAUGGGUCUUGUGUGGGAUUUGCGCAACCACCCGGCCACAUUUCUUAUAGCCGAAAACUUUCCGAUUGUCAUAACGGCCGAUUACCCGGGCAUGUGGAAUUCAAAAGGUUUGAGCUACGAUUUCUACUACACCUUCAUGGCGCUGGCGCCAGCUGAGGCGGAUUUGCGGUUUCUCAAACAGCUCGCUUUGAAUUCAAUAAAGUAUGCCAUCUUAACGUCUGAGGAGCGUCGCAAAAUUAAUCGCGUCUUCCAGAAGAAAUGGGAAGAAUUCAUUUAUAAUGUGAUUAACUUGAAAUUUUAAAUUAAUAUUUAUUAACUAAGUAGAUAAGUUAUAUUUAUCAAAGCAGUAUUUUAUUUAUAACUACAUAUAUAAUUAAGACGCGUAUUGGUUUAAUAAAAACUCUAAUAAUUUC